AAAGGUCAGUCCUGCCAUUCACUGGCAGCAAUGGCGGCGCUCAGGGUUUUCACAGAUGUGCAGAGAGUGGUGUUAACCUGGCAGCAUUCUGCAUUCAGGUCCAGAUGGUGCUAUUUACUCUCCCGUGUCCAAUAUUCCACAGCGCCCAGCUGUGAUGAAAAGACAUUUGACAAAAUCUUAAUUGCGAACCGAGGAGAAAUAGCCUGUAGAGUUAUCAAAACAUGCAAAAAGAUGGGUAUACGAACAGUUGCAGUACACAGCGAUGUUGACUCCGCUGCCGUUCAUGUGAAAAUGGCGGAUGAAGCUGUCUGUGUUGGCCCGGCUCCCACAAGCAAAAGCUACCUCAACAUGGAUGCCAUCAUGGAAGCCAUUAGGAAAACCGGGGCCCAAGCUGUCCACCCAGGGUAUGGGUUUCUUUCUGAAAACAAAGAAUUUGCCCGGCGUCUGGCAGCAGAGAGCGUCACCUUCAUUGGACCUGACACACAUGCUAUUCAAGCCAUGGGAGAUAAGAUUGAAAGCAAGCUAUUAGCCAAGAAUGCAAAGGUCAACACCAUCCCUGGCUUUGAUGGAGUGGUCAAGGAUGCAGAUGAAGCUGUCAGAAUUGCAAGGGAAAUUGGCUACCCUGUUAUGAUCAAGGCCUCAGCAGGUGGCGGAGGGAAAGGCAUGAGGAUUGCUUGGGAUGAUGAAGAGACCAGGGAAGGAUUUCGUUUUUCAUCGCAAGAGGCUGCUUCUAGUUUUGGAGAUGAUCGUUUGCUAAUAGAAAAAUUUAUUGACAAUCCACGACAUAUAGAAAUACAGGUAUUAGCAGAUAAACACGGUAAUGGACUUUGGUUAAAUGAAAGGGAAUGUUCCAUUCAAAGGAGGAAUCAGAAAGUGGUUGAAGAGGCACCCAGCACUUUUCUUGACCCCGAAACACGAAGAGCGAUGGGAGAACAAGCAGUUGCUCUUGCCAAAGCGGUGGAAUACUCUUCAGCGGGAACCGUGGAAUUCCUUGUGGAUUCCAGGAAGAAUUUCUACUUUUUGGAAAUGAAUACCAGGCUACAGGUGGAGCACCCCAUCACUGAAUGCAUUACAGGGUUGGACCUGGUCCAGGAAAUGAUCCGUGUUGCCAAGGGAUACGCUCUACGGCACAAACAAUCUGAUAUACCCAUAAACGGCUGGGCUGUCGAAUGCCGUGUCUACGCCGAGGAUCCAUUUAAAUCCUUUGGCUUGCCCUCCAUCGGUCGUCUCUCUCAGUAUCAAGAGCCACAUAGUUUGCCUGGGGUGCGAGUUGACAGUGGCAUUCAAGAAGGAAGUGACAUCAGCAUUUACUAUGACCCCAUGAUAUCAAAACUGGUAACACAUGGCAGCAAUAGAACCGAGGCCCUGAAGAGAAUGGAGGAUGCUCUAGACAACUACGUCAUCCGAGGUGUAACUCACAAUAUUCCUUUAUUACGGGAAGUGAUCACUCACCCGCUCUUCGUCAAAGGAGAUAUAACAACAAAAUUUCUUCCUGAAGUAUAUCCUGACGGAUUUAAAGGUCACAUAUUGUCAUCUAAAGAGAAAAAUGAGCUUCUCGCUACAGCGACUUGUUUGUAUGUCGCUUUACAGACAAGAUCUCAUAGGUUUCUGAAUAAUACAAGGGUGCCAAUUUCUAAGAAUGAUGAGAAGAACUGGGAGCUGUCUGUUGUCCUAGAUGAGAAAACUCACUCGAUUGCAGUCAAUAGACAAAAAGACCAUUUCACUGUGGAAGUUGAUGGAACUAAUGUGAAUGUGUCCAGUGAAUGGAACCUGUCUUCAUCUCUGAUGCAUGUCAACAUUGGGGACACACAGAGGACCAUCCAGUGUAUUGGUCGCGAUGCCGCUGGAAAUCUAAGUAUUCAGUUCCUGGGCACAGUGUAUAAACUGCAAGUACUGACAAAGCAUGCUGCGGAGCUGAGCAAGUACAUGCCAGAGAAAGUGGAAGAGGAUACAAGUAGCAUUUUAAGAUCUCCGAUGCCUGGGACGGUGAUCGCAGUUUCAGUUAAGCCUGGAGAUAUGGUUUCAGAAGGACAGGAGAUCUGUGUAAUUGAAGCCAUGAAGAUGCAGAACAGCAUGACUGCUGCUAAAACAGGAAAGGUUGCUGCGGUACACUGUAAGCCUGGUGAGACUGUGGGAGAAGGUGACCUACUGGUGCAGCUCGAGUAAACCCGCCACUUACUACCGAAAACUGACCCAGAUGCAAGUUUUGAGAUGACAUUCCUCCAGAGCAGACUUUAUACUGUUAUAUUUAUUAUAAAUGAACAUGGGAUGGACGAAGAGCAAGAUCGCCCUGAAAUCCCCCAAUCUACUCCAACAAAUGUGUAAUUAAUAUUGGUACUGUAUUAGACCAGUUCUGGGUUCUUAUGGAAAUAAAAUUAUCUUUUUGAUACAGUAAA